UGCGCAUGCGCUGAAAAAUGUAAACACAUUUUGUGGUUCUCGCAGUCAGGCAUUUCCAAUCAUGGAAGACAGACUAUUGAAGGACGUACACAGACACAGUGGCUCUUGUUUUUGCCUACCCAAGCAAACAGUGCAGGCUGAGUUCAUCUGUGGUACCUAUUCUUAUUACCAUUAUGGUUGUGAUGGUUUUGAUGACAGGGGAUGGGGUUGUGGUUACCGCACUUUGCAGACACUCUGUUCGUGGAUACAAAACAAGGAAUUUGAACGUGAAAUUGAGGCUUCAUCACCACCAUCUUUACCUGAAAUCCAAGAAGCACUUGUUAGCAUGGGUGACAAACCAAAGAAAUUCAUUGGCUCAAAAGACUGGAUUGGAUCUUUUGAAGCUUGCAUAUGCAUUGACUACUUCUAUAACGUGCCUUGUAAGGUUGAGCACAUUCGAAACGGCGGGGAGCUUAAGAAUGUUAUCCCUAUGCUGAAGCAACAUUUUAAAAUCAUUGGCUCACCAGUAAUGAUGGGUGGUGAAUCAGAUACUUCAUCUAAGUGCAUUCUAGGGGUUGCUGAAGGAAUAUUGACGAGUUUACUAAUUUUAGAUCCACAUUUCUACGGUCAGAGUACUAAAGACAUAAUACAAGCAGAAGGCUGGGUGAAAUGGAGGCCACUGGAUUCAUUUGUGGAGAGUUCCUUUUACAAUCUAUGCCUUCCACAGUAUAAAAUUAAAUGAUGCAUUUAACAUUGUCGUUACGAUGAGCAUGUGGUAAUUCCCAGCAACAGUUUGGAGCAUGCAAUGACCAUCCAUUGCAAUAGAUUCAUCAUUAUUACAUCUUGUGGGCAGUAAGCUGGUUGUGACGGUACAUUCAGGAGUCCUAUGGUGAUUAAAAAUUAAUCGCAGAAUAAAUUCCUCGCGGAGUAGAUCUAUUCUCUGGAAUCGGAGUAUGUAGUUCCUCAGACUAUUGCUUCACUUCAAUUAUAUAUUAUUUAUUGAACACCAAUGCCAGGGUGCAUAAAUACAAUAUAAAAUCACUAGAUACAUUGAUAAAAUACUUUCAUUCAUGAUUAAAAUAAUUUACAACAAUAAUUACUAUAUAUAGAAGGAGCAAAGAAAUAAUUAUAAUAAAUAUUCAAAAAAUUUAAAUACAAUUCCAGGGCCAAAGUGAAUCGUCAGUUGUUCUUAUAUUUGCAUUAUACAUUUCCUUAGGAUAGGAGUUAUUUCCGUGUGAAUCACACCAACAAUAUCCCACUAAAAUCAACUUCUCUCUAGUGGGGUACUUUUAUGGUGGCGCUUUGGGCAGUACAUCAGGAGACAAACUCCUACUCUUUGCCAAAGAGUGGUAUACUUCUUACUUUAAUGUGCAUAUGAGCCAUAUUGCACAUGGGAUGAACGGCUUUAGUGGCUCAUCCGUAAGACAGUGAACUAUCGUAACAUAUAUUUCAGCCUUCCAGCUGAAAUACAAAAAGAGCAAUGAUUGGAAUUAAUCGUGAUCAAAUAUAUGAAAGGAUUUAGAUGGUUCAGCGCUAACACCAGUGAAGACGACUGAGCUAAAAGCUUCUCUGACUUUGAAUAGGAGUAGGCUAAUUAUUUAUUGCUGCAGGCUUAUCAUUAAUUGUGUGACCUAAUGUCAAUUGCUUGUGUAAUGUUCACAGAUACAGUACUUCAAUGGUGGUAGAUUAAAGUGUUGACACCAUUCAUGUUUUAGUGAUAUUUGAGCAUUUAAUACCAUAAAGUAAUAUUGUAAUCAAGAAUAUGAUAAUCUGAAAUAUUAGCAGUAUUUGAAUUAGAUAAUUAUUUUUAUUUCAGCUUAUAAUCAUAUAAAUGAUUUCGGAGGUUCUUAAAUACAUUAACACUAGUUAAUGAUUAAAUUGUACAUUAAGAAAAAAUAUACUCCAGAAUUUCGUUUUUUAAUGUUUUUCUCUUAUUAUACUUGUGUAUGUACCGCUUAGCAUAUAAGUUUCAGUACCUAUAGUCACAGUGUAACACUCUUCAUUGCACUGAUUUCAGUAGCCUGGAUUUCAGGCCCUAAUUUUAGGUUACUCACUGCUUAUUUUACGCCAUACCUAAUUUAUUUGGUGUCCCCUACUCAAUUUCUUUCUGUCUCAAAAUUAACUUGCUUGUUGGUGGCGUAACAGGCGAGGGGAAAGGGAAAAGAAAAAGAGAAGACAAAAAUAAAGACAAGAAUUAAAAGGAAGAUACCGUUUGAUCAGAACACCCUCCACCCCCUACUCCACUUAAAAAAUUGUCCAAAGAGUUACAGCGAAAUAGUUGUGAGUGAUAGGCCUACAUGUCUGAUGUAAAUGAAGCUGCGGGAAGACGUAGGCCUACAUCGUAUUGUGGUUUUGUAGCGCCUUCGAUCUAAGCAUGGACUUAUUAUUAAUAGGUCCAUGAUCUAAGCCGCCAGAUAUUCUCCGAAUCCGUUAGUGCAUCUCAUUCCCAGGCAGGCACUUCGCGUUUUACACUCUUCUUGUAUUAGUUUCUAGGACGAUAAAAAAGGGCGGGGGAGCACAAAUUUUAACCCUUAAAAAUGCACGCAAAAAGUUUAUGCAAUUUCGUAUGAAUUGAUCAAAAAUCAUGUCAAAACUCCCUAAAAUGUGCAAUUUUAGGGAGAAAGAUUUCCCACUGGUUACGUCACUGGUUGAGUUAAUUGAACACAUAGUAGUCACAACACUAAGAGAAAGGAAAGAAGGGCCUCAUUGAUCCAUUCUAAAAUGUGAAAAAAAUUACAGUAAUAAUUUUGUUCAUGUGUACGGAUGGUGAAAGAAUAUGGUUGUAAUAAAUAAAACCAUAAUGAAAAUGCUUAGCCUAUAUUUAGAUUCAAACAGACAUGUAUAUGCCUAAUAUUAUAAUCCGUUAAGAUUAUUUUUUCUAUAAUUUUUUUUUUUAGGAGGGGGAGGGUAUUACACCUGGUCAUAAAUUACUAACCAGGAAAAUUAUUACAUUUUUGUCCUCCCCCUCCCCGUGACCCAAGCCCCUGUUAGGCGCCUGAACAGAUUUAACUCAUUUGCAUUAUCUCCAAUGAGAACCACAUCUGCCCAGAAUAGCCAACAAAUUUUAACAUUAUAAAUGUUUACACCUAAUUUUCUUUUGAUAAUAAUUUUAUUUAAUUCGUUAAUGUAUAUUGUAAAUAACACUGGUGACAAAGAGCAGCUUUGUUUGACACUUUAAAUUUCCGAAGGCGAGUUUUCCUUUUACAUUCGCGUAUGUUUUUUAUAAUGUUUAGUAAGCUCCUUUUUAUACCCAUUCGGUGAGCAGCUAAGGAAAGCCCAUCCCUCCAAACGGCACUGUCAAAUGCUUUCUUGGAGUUCAAGAAGGCAUGGAAUGUGCUCUUGUCUUUUGCUUGGCGAGUGGCAAUGAAGGUUUUAAAACAAAAAAUAUGGUUCUCGCAUCUUUUAUUUUUCUGGAAGCCGCCUUGUACUUCAGAGAGAAGAUUAUUUUCUCCAAGAAAGUUUGACACCGUUUGGGAGAUAAUCCUGUUUUAUAUUUUAGCAAUACAUGAAUUUAAGGUGAUCCCUCUGCAGUUAAUUAGGUCUCUUCUAUCGCCUUUUUGAUGUACUGGAAUAAUUGUACUCACCUUUAAAUAAUUAUACAGUACAGUAUUACUUGAUUACUUUAACUAAAUUAUUACAUAUGUCGUGGUCUCCAGAGCGCUGCUUUCUCGUCACCUUCUCAAUCAAAAUAAGAUUACAUGUAAUUUAUAAUAAAUUGUAAUGAUUUUCAACCUUUAAAAACUUAAUCGAAACCCAGGCCGUCAUAUGUUUUAUCAUUUCCACUGCAAAGUUAAGUUUUCUUGCUUGAUCCAAAUUAACUUUUCUUUCAUUUUUUGUUUAUUUAAUCCACUUGUGAAAACAGUACUGCGUCAUUGAAAGUGCUAUUAAUAAAGGACAGAAUUAUAAAUGAAUAUAACUGGUUUAGAAAAUAUGAUUUAUAAUUGGAUUAUUAUUGCAAUUAGAUACAAUGUAACGGUAAUUAGAUAAGAUGUACAUGUAAUUUUAUUUAAAAAACCAA